UCACCACCAGUUGUCAAGAGCUCUUCAUUGAUGGUUGUUUGAGAGAUGUUAUGUUUCAGCGAUUUUCUUCUUGUUUGCCAAUGCGUGCAAGGAGCUCAGAUAUCUGCGGCGACUUUGUGAGAGGUUAUUGCGCCCGUGGGGAACUAUGCCGCUUCUCCCAUGACAAGGGGGCAUCGCCAAGCUCAACCAGACCACCUCCAGAUCCGGCAGUGAUGCAAGGAGAGAUCAUGUCCUUGGUGCAAAAGUUCAGUCUAGAUGACAGGAUAAAAGUCAGGCUGAUCGAGACCCUUACGCGGCGAGCAGCUUCGUUUUGGGAUGACAUGGCAACGCUUCGCGACAUCAUGGCGACCGCACGCAAUCCUCCGGGGCUGCUCUCUGUCAAGCUGACAGAGAUGGAGCAGGGCCGUUUCGUUGCCAAAGGCGGCACGGUUGGACCACCAGUUGUCGAAGUGCCAAGGGUCAUCAACACAAACAAGUCGAUGGAGAUGUGUGGAGAUUUCCGAAGAGGCGUUUGUACUCGUGGAGACAGGUGCAAGUUUUCCCACGGAAAUCCUCAACCCCCGGGUGGGCCACCCCCCACCGUCAUGGCGGCGCUCACCGAGAAAGCCGGGAUUGUUGGCACGCCUGCUUCAGUCCCAGCAACGCCCGGGUUUACGGCUGGCUCGCGUUUCUCGGACACACCGCCGGCUCCCCUGGGCUUCUCCGAUACACCGUCGGGGCCAACAACUACGAGAGCUGAAAGCUUGCUAGGGAGGAAGCGGCGCUCAAAGAGCCCCAGCUCCUCAAGUGGAAGUCGUCGGAAGAAGUCGGAAAGCAAAAAGAAAUCGAGGAGCCGUCGCCAAAGCCGGAGGCGAGAGCGAAGCCGAGAGCGCAGCAGAGACCGUCGAGGUGAUCGCCGGGACCGCGACCGGCGAGACGACCGCCGGGAUCGCAGCCGUGAUAGACGGGACCGAGAGCGGGAUCGUGAUCGCGAUCGAGACCGCGAUCGAGACCGCGACCGGCGAGACAGGGAUAAAGAACGUUCCAAGAGCAGAGACCGCAGCCGACAAAAGGAAAGGGACAAAGAUCGAGAAAAAGAUCGAGAAAAAGAUCGAGAAAAAGAUCGUGAGCUGCAGCGAGAUAUUCAGGAGCAGUUGGAGGAUGAACAGCAGCGAACGCAGAAACAACGUGAGCUCGAAGAGCAGCUGCAGAGAGAACUUGAGGCGCAUGUUGCAGAGGAGCAGCGGCGCCUUGAGGAGACCAGCCAGGCGAAUCAUUCCGAGGCACAGUCCGCAGGGCCGGACGACAAGGAGAAAAGCGAAAAGGAGAAAAGCAGGGGAAGUGACGAGAAAAAGGAGAAGCAGAAAGAAAAAUCGACAAAGGAGGCGGCGAAAGAGCCAGAGAAGGCAAAGGAGAAACAAAAAGAGAAAGAGAACGUAAAGGACAAGCAGAAGGAUGCUGACAAGUCCAAGGACAAGGCAAAGGAGAAGGACAACGUGAAGGAGAAACAAAAAGAAGACAAGACAAAGGAGAAGCCAAAAGAGAAGGACACAUCCAAGGAUAAGCAGAAGGAGUCGGACAAAUCCAAGAAGGAGAAGGAGAAGGAGAAGGAGAAGGAGAAGGAAAAAGAGAAGGAGAAGGAUGCGAAAGACAAACAAAAAGACAAAGCGAAGGAGAAAGAAAAGACAAACAAGGUCAAAGACGAGAAGGAGAAAAAGAAACGGUCCAGGUCUCGAUCUGAUGAUGAAAAGGCCAAAGAGCGAAAGGUGAAACAAAAAACUAAGAGCUGAUGUGGCAGUUGAGUGAGUAGUAGGGCAUGGGAGAUGCAAUGGAGCCGUGCUCA